AUGGAUACCCCAGCUAGCAAUGAUGAAUACGAACCUACCACUGGGCCACCGGGCCCAACACCAACGACCGAUACCUUGAUACAGAUGAUGAUGGAAUAUUUGAAAAAGCAACAUGAAUAUCUGAAAAAGCAAAAUGAAUGUCUGAAGAGAAUGAAUGAAUAUUGGGACAGAAGGUUGGGAAAAUCCUUACAAAAAUCAGCUGAAAACUCUGAUUCUCUGUCAAGAGAUCAAGAGGAUAUGAAACAAGGGGAGGAUGAGAUGGAACUGGCUAUACAAGUCACUGUCAUUACUCCUCCAUCUACUGAAGAAUCUACCACAAGAAUCGUUGAUGAACCUUCUGUCGGAACCGCCUCUAUCACUGUUAGAAUCACCACCAGAUAUACCACGAAGAUGAUCAUGAUGAGAUCCAUCAUUAAGAAUACCACUGACACCACCACUACCUCUGUCACUAAACAACUUUUCAAACAUCGAUACUACUAUCACGAACCGAAGCCUCACAGAUGCCGAAAGGGUGAAGGAUAG